CCACGGCGCCACAGUGGUAAACAGGAGAGCUUGAGGAAUUUAGUUUACCAAAACAAUAUAACUUGUUUUUAAUCACAGACUACAGUCCAUUGGGAUGGACGUGCUGUGUCGCACUUGUGGCCAGCAGGCGAAGCACUUCAAGGCACUCUUCGACAAGGAAGGCAGCGACGCCCUAUGCAACAUACACAAGUUGACAGGGAUUUGGUUCGGUGACCAUCCCGGAGUGCCCACAAAGAUCUGCCUAUCCUGCCUGCUGGACUUGAACGAUGCCGUCGCCUUUCGCGAGCGUUGCAUCAAGACGAACAUUUCCUGGUUCGAGGAUCAGGAUAAGCCAAACGAGGCGAGCACUGAAAUCGCCGAUCAGAGGAAAACUAUCAAAAAGAAGACUAGGAUUGUUAUUGUACCGUACCCGAAAAAUGUUGUGCCUGUUGUACUGCCCUACAAGGGCGUGAACCAGGCCAUAGUUCUUCCAAAAUGCAUCAAGAAACUGAACAAGGGUCUAGAUGACCCUGUUUGUCCGGAAGACCCUUCUGCUGAUCCCGAGGAUCCCCUCAGGUGCGAGGACCCUAUCUACGUGAAGGACCAGCCACUUUCAGAUGAGGAGCAUGAGGAUAGCAGAAGAGAGUUUGCGGAUGGCGAGAUUCUGGAGGAGUACUUAGAGGACGAAGAAGUGGAAACUCUGAAAGAUCGCGACUCAAGUACAGGAUCCACUGUCCAACCUCUCACCCCAGAAAAACAUCCCCUUAGGAAAUCCAAAGAGAAUACCAGAAACUUGCCAAAAAAUUCUAGAGACCGAGAGAACGCCAGUCCAAAUGCUUUGAAAGGGAAGCGAAAGCGGUACAAAGGCACUAAAAUCUUCAUAUGUGAUCACUGCGGCAAGAAAUUCAAGGACACAGGAAACCUCAACAUGCACCUAAUGCGACACACUGGCGUCAAGCCAUUUGAAUGUCCGGAAUGCGGGCAAAAGGAGCUCAACAGGUACAUCCUGAAUAUUCACAUCCGGGUGAAGCACCGCGGAGAAAAGCCCUAUCCCUGCAAAUAUUGUGGUGUGACCUUCGAAAGUACCACAAAGCGGGUUCGUCACGUAAGGAGGACCCACGAAAGCAAGAGAAUAAAACCCUUUAAGUGCUCUUACUGUGACAAAAGGUUCGAUCUCAAGUCAAUAAGGAGCAAGCACGAGAUGGUGCACACCGGAGAUCGUAACUUUCCCUGCGAAAUAUGCAACUUCUCGUUUAUCACCAAAAGAAACCGGAACCUCCACUUUCAAACCAAAAAUCACAAAAGGAAAGAGUUGGAAGCAAAAAGUAAAUCCAUAAGCAAGGAGUCAGCUACAUAAGUACAAAAUAUUUGACUAAAGUGACAGAAGAUCCAAAAGUGAAAACAUAUAAACAAUUUUUAAAAAUGCUAAAAAUGUUAAAUAUAUAUUUUUAACCGUUA